AGGUGUGGGCCAGUGGUUUAGCUGGAAGACCUUUGGCAGAAGUGCCAAAUGCCAUGGCUGACGCCAUCACCUACGCAGACCUGCGCUUUGUGAAGAUGCCCUUGAAGAACAGCGUCUCUAAUCACCUCGACUGUGAGGCUUACGAGGAUGGAGAACUCACCUACGAGAAUGUGCAAGUGUCUCCAGUCUCAGGAGGGGCAUCAGGCUUGGCUUCCUCUACACUAGUGGACAAAGCAGGCGUCAGAUCAGAGCAGCAAGCUGCAUCCUGGAGCCCCGUGAAGUCGCCCGCUGUAGGGUGGAUUUCUCGUUGUCCCGCAGUCGGCUUGCAAUACUUCUUGCUGGGCCUUCUCCUGGCCUGUCUGAUGUUAGGGGUGGCUGCCAUCUGCUUAGGAGUUCGCUAUCUGCAGGUGUCUCAGCAAUUCCAGCAGGUUACCAGGAUUUUGGAAGCCACCAACAGUAGCUUGCAGCAGCAGCUCAAGCAGAAGACAGCUCAGCUGGAGCAGAAGGAGGGGGAUCUGCAGGAGUCUCGGACAGAGCUGUCCCUGAGUCAGGACGCUUUACAGGAGAAGCAGAAGAUCCAUGAGGUCACGGAGCAGCAGCUACAGGCCUGCCAGUCUGAGGGACAGAGGACCAAGGAGAACUUGGAAAGGGAGGAGCAGCAGAGGAGGGACUUGAACCAGAGGCUGGUCAACAUGCGGGACACACUGAGGCGCUUUCUUUCCUGUUCCUCAGACACCUGCUGUCCGCUGGGAUGGACACAGCAUGAGGGAAGAUGCUUUUACAUCUCACACACUCUCAGGAGUUGGCAAGAGAGCCAGAAAUACUGCACAUCUCUGUCCUCCCAACUGGCUUCCGUAGCCAAAGAAUCGGAUAAGUAUCCUUAUCAAGUCUCUCUGCCCAAUGGCUUAGGGGAGUUGCUAAAUGAUUCAAAGUCAUAUUGGAUCCAGCAGCCAAACCAAAAUGAAGAAAACCAUUGGCAAGCUAAGAAGAAUUUGAGAUCACCUGUAUCUUAUUCUCAAAGCUCAUAUUGUAUGAAGCUAGUGAAAUGGUAUGAAUCAUGGCAAAGAUAUCUCUCAAAGUGUACAGACUCUUAUCCUGGCAUUUGUGAGCUGGAAGCUUUCCGGUUUCCUGAUGGGGAUCACCUGCACUGAAACGGACACAGGAACAAGAGCUUGUGACCUACAUCCUUAACCUGUGGCCUGCGAUUCCUCAAGCAUUCCCUUACUCUAGGGCAUGCUCAGCUAAGGGCUGAUCCUGGCCUGGCAACCUGCUGCCUGCUUCAAAGUCGCCCAGAAACUGGACUAUUCCUGGGAAGGGAGUGGACUUGGCCUCCCUUAAGAACUUCCCAAACUGGAGAUGGGUCAGGGGAGGAGGGCGCACCGCUGAGUGGAUGGAUGGCCCGGAGCCA